CUGCGGCGCGGCGGAGCCCAGCCAAAUAGUCCUGUGCUGCGCUCGCCGCCGGAGACCCGGGCUUUCUCUAGCCGGAGUCCAGAUCAUACAUAAAAUGGAUGUUUCUCACACUAGAUACUGAAUAUUAAGUAGAAAAUCUAUUUAGUAAAAUCUAAUCUACCAUGGAAGAAAUACCAGUAAAAGUUGCUGUAAGAAUUAGACCACUGCUGUGCAAAGAAGUUCUUCAUAAUCAUCAAACUUGUGUGAGAGCUAUUCCAAACACCCAACAAAUUAUCAUUGGGAGAGAUAGAGUUUUUACCUUCGAUUUUGUUUUUGGCAAAAAUUCCACUCAAGAUGAAGUUUAUAACACAUGUAUAAAGCCGCUAGUAUUAUCACUCAUUGAGGGCUAUAAUGCAACUGUUUUUGCCUAUGGACAAACUGGAUCUGGGAAGACAUACACCAUUGGAGGAGGCCAUGUUGCUUCAGUUGUGGAGGGUCAAAAGGGUAUCAUUCCUCGAGCUAUCCAAGAAAUAUUUCAAAAUAUCUGUGAAAAUCCUGGCAUUGACUUUAAUAUAAAAGUGUCUUAUAUAGAAGUAUACAAGGAAGAGUUAAGAGAUCUUCUAGAACUGGAGACAUCUGUGAAGGAUCUUCAUAUCAGAGAAGAUGAAAAAGGAAACACAGUGAUUGUUGGGGCCAAGGAAUGCCAGGUGGAGAGUGCAGAUGAAGUGAUGAGUCUUCUGGAGAUGGGGAAUGCAGCCAGGCACACAGGUACCACCCAGAUGAACGAGCACUCCAGUAGAUCACACGCUAUUUUUACCAUCAGCAUUUGUCAAGUUGAAAAAAAUAUAGAUGCAGUGGAAGAUGGAGACUGGUAUUCGCAUCGGCAUAUUGUCUCAAAGUUCCACUUUGUGGAUUUGGCUGGAUCAGAAAGAGUAACGAAAACAGGGAAUACUGGUGAACGGUUUAAGGAAUCCAUUCAAAUCAACAGUGGGCUGCUGGCUUUAGGAAACGUGAUAAGCGCUCUAGGGGAUCCACGCAAGAAGAGUUCACAUAUUCCUUACAGGGAUGCUAAAAUCACCCGCCUUCUGAAAGAUUCCCUGGGAGGCAGUGCCAAGACUGUCAUGAUCACUUGUGUCAGCCCAUCCUCCUCAGAUUUCGACGAGUCCUUAAAUUCUCUUAAAUACGCUAACAGAGCACGCAACAUUAGAAACAAACCUAUCUUAAACUUCAGCCCUGAGUCAGACCGCAUGGACGAAAUGGAAUUUGAGAUUAAGUUGCUUCGAGAAGCUUUGCAGAGCCAGCAGGCUAGUAUCAGCCAAACUAGCCAAACCCGAGAGAGUACUCCCGAUAAAAGUAAAAUCCAUUCUCUUGAGGAACAGGUGGCUCAGCUACAAGGAGAAUGUCUGGGUUACCAAAACUGUUUAGAGGAAGCCUUUACCUUUCUAGUGGAGUUGAAAGAUGCUGUCAGACUGACCCAGAAACAGCAACACAAGCUGCAGGAGUGGUUUAACAUGACACAGGAGGUCCGGAAGGCAAUUCUCACCUCAUUCAGAGGCGGCAGAGGCUCUCUUAACCUGGAAGAAGGACCACAGGACAUUACAGUUCUCCAUCUUAAGCGAGAGCUUAAGAAAUGCCAGUGUGCUCUUGCUGCUGAUGAAGUAGUAUUUAAUCAGAAGGAACUGGAGGUGAAGGAACUAAAGAAUCAAGUACAAGCCAUGGUACAGGAAAACAAAGGACAUGUUAUAUCCUUGAAAGAAGCACAGAAAGUGAAUAAGUUGCAGAAUGAAAAAAUAAUAGAACAACAACUUCUUGUGGAUCAACUGAGUGAAGAACUAACAAAAGCUAACCUGUCAAUGACAUCUUCAGCUAAGGAAAUUUGUGGAGAUGGGCCAGAUGUCAGGACCCAUGAAAUGAGACCAUAUACUGUACCAUUUGAUAAUCGUUUGGGGCGUUGUAUUUACAUCCCAGCAAGAUCAGAUUCCAGGAAGGUCUACACAAGCCCUUCUAUGUGCUCCCUGGACCGAGUAGUUGCCGAAUUUCGAUCCCGAAGUCAGAUGCUGCUGGGCCAUAUAGAAGAACAAGAUGAAGUCCUCCACACUCAGUUUUCUGAUAAUAGUGAUGAUGAAGAAUCAGAUGGCCAAGAGAAAUCUGAAAUUAAAUGUAGAAGUCAUUCAUGGAUUAAAAAGCCAAGCUCUGUUUGUUCUCUUGUUGAACUGAAUAAUAUUCAGGAUCAAACACAGAAGUCAAAUUUGGGGAAUGAAGACUUAAAGAUUGAAUGUCUCCAAGAGAGUCAAGACUUGAAUUUGCAAAAAUUAAGAAAUUCAGAGCUGAUACUUACUGAAGCUAAACAAAAAAUGAGAGAACUUACAAUUAAUAUCAAGAUGAAGGAAGAUCUGAUUAAAGAAUUAAUAAAAACAGGUAAGGAUGCCAAAUCUGUAAGCAAACAGUAUUCUCUGAAAGUAACAAAACUUGAACAUGAAGCAGAACAGGCGAGAGUGGAAUUAUCUGAAACACAAAAGCAGCUACAGGAAUUGGAAAACAAACAUCUUUCUGAUAUUGCUUUGAAAGUAAAAUUACAGAAGGAGUUCCGUAAAAAGAUGGAUGCUGCAAAGCUUAGAGUCCAGGUUUUACAGAAGAAGCAACAAAGUAGUAAGAAAUUGGCAUCAUUGUCCAUUCAAAAUGAGAAACGUGCUAAUGAACUAGAGCAGAAUGUAGAUCACAUGAAAUAUCAAAAGGUACAGCUGCAAAAAAGGCUUCGAGAAGAAAAUGAAAAAAGGAAGCAACUGGAUGCAGAAAUUAAGCGGGAUCAACAAAAAAUCAAAGAACUAAAGUUAAAAACAGAACAGGAAGAAGAUCUAAAACUGGAGGCUGAGGACUUGGAUGCAGUUAAGAAGUUGGAUGAGCAAAAGAAAUGGUUAGAUGAAGAAGUAGAGAAAGUUCUGAACCAACGCCAAGAAUUAGAGGAACUCCAAGAAGACUUAAAGAAACGGGAGGCUAUACUUUCUAAGAAGGAGGCUCUGUUACAAGAGAAGAACCACCUGGAAGAUAAGAAGCUGCGAUCUAGUCAGGCUUUAAACACAGAUAUUUUGAAAAUAUCAACUCGCCUGAGCUUGCUGGACCAAGAGUUAUCUGAAAAGAAUGUACAGCUUCAAAACAGCACAGCUGAGGAGAAAAUAAAGAUCUCAGAGCAAGUUCAAGCCCUCCAGAAAGAAAAGGAACAGCUACAGAGACAAAGAAACAGUGUGGAUGAGAAACUUAAAAAUGGUAGCGUGUUAUCACCUGAAGAAGAACAUGCUCUUUUCCAACUUGAAGAAGGAAUUGAAGCUUUGGAAGCUGCGAUUGAAUACAAAAAUGAAAGUAUCAACAGUCGCCAGUGCUCACUUAGAGCUUCAUUACAAAACCUCUCUCAUAGUGAAGCAAAUGUCUUGGAAAAACUCACAUGCCUGAGUCCUGUUGAGAUUAGAGCUAUUCUUUUCAGAUAUUUUAAUAAGGUAGUUAAUUUGCGAGAAGCUGAACGGAAACUGCAACUACAGAAUGAAGACAUUAAAAUGAAGGUACUGGAACAGAAUAAUAUAGUUCGUGAGUUGGAGUCUUCACUGGAACAUCUGAAAUUGCAAUGUGACCGGAGACUGACCCUCCAGCAAAAGGAACAUGAGCAAAAAAUGCAGCUUCUGUUACAUCAGUUCAAAGAGCAAGAUGGGGAAGGCAUUAUGGAAACUUUGAAAACAUACGAAGAUAAAAUCCAGCAGCUGGAGAAAGAUCUUUAUUUCUAUAAGAAAACCAGCAGAGAUCUUAAGAAGAAACUUAAGGAACUUGUAGGGGAAACAAUUCGGAGGCAGCUAGUACCAUCUGAAUAUCAUGAUGCUGGAGAUGGAAUCUUGAACAUAGAAGAAGCAGGCCUGGUUUCAGAAGAAUUAAAAUGGGCAUCCAGGACUGGAAGUAUGAAAUUAUGUGGAAAGGAGAGAGAAUUAGACAGUUCAGCAAGCUGCUUAAGAACACAACCAAAUCCUCAGAAACUCUGUGAAGAUGGACCAGAAAUAUCUCCAAGUUAUAGCGUCUUAGCACCCACUAGUGGCCAUUUGUUAAACAAUGAGGAUAAAACAGAAAUACAUGAAAGUCAAUUUAUAAAAUCUCAUAGUCGCCCACCAGUCCAAAUCCAGCCAGUGGGAAAUGUGGGGCAGCUUCAUGGUGUCACACCUGUAAAGUUGUGUCGCAAAGAAUUACGUCAGAUUUCUGCCUUGGAAUUAUCAUUACGUCGCUCCAGUCUUGGAGUUGGGGUUGGAUCUGUGACUGCUGAUUCCAUUGAAGUAGCCAAGAAACUAAGUGACUUGAAAACUUAA